UGGAGACACUCGCACGAUUCGAGAAGGACGUGAAGCGGACCGACACCGGGUUCCUGGCGAUAGCAACAGAGGUGGAGAAUGACGGAGAGAAAGCCUCGGAAACUCCAGAAAAAAUCAAGGAAUUACUGAAGGAGUUCCAAGACAUUCUUCCUGACGAUCUUCCGAACGAGCUACCGCCAUACCGAACGCAUCAACACGAGAUCGUGGAGGAACCGGGUUCGAAGCCGACCUUCCGAGCACCAUAUCGGCUCAGCCCUACGGAGCUGACCGACAUGAAGAAGCAGAUCGAGUAUCUCCUAGCCAAAGGACUCAUCCGACCAUCCACUUCGCCGUACGGUGCCCCAGUACUCUUCACACCGAAACCGGACGGAAGCCUGCGCAUGUGCAUCGACUACCGAGCUCUUAACAAGCAGACCAUCAAGAAUAAAUAUCCGAUACCGCGAAUCGAUGACCUGCUUGACCAGCUUCGGGGAGCUACGGUAUUUUCCAAACUGGAUCUGCGGUCCGGAUACUGGCAGAUACGGAUGGCGGACAACUCUAUCCACAAAACUGCUUUCCGAACUCGGUACGGAUCGUACGAGUAUUUGGUCAUGCCGUUCGGACUCACCAACGCGCCGGCAACGUUCCAAGCCGAAAUGAACCACAUUCUACGACCACUUCUGGACGAAUGCGUGGUGGUGUACCUGGAUGACAUACUCAUCUACUCGCGCGACAUGAAGCAGCACGUCGAACACCUGCGACGCGUCUUCGAAAUUCUUCGACGGGAACGAUUCUACGUCAACUGUCCAAGAGCGAAUUCGCCCUUGAAAAGACGCAGUGAUCAGGCCGUGGGAGCAGUCUUGAUGCAAGACCAGGGGAAUGGACUGCAACCAAUUGCCUACCUCAGAAAGAAACUGCACGGGGCAGAACUCAACUACCCGAUACACGACAAAGAGGCUCUUGCUAUCGUCAUCGCCUUCAAAGCGUGGAGAUGCUAUCUCGAAGGACGAAGAACGACCGUCUACACCCGACCACUGCAGCCUGAAAUAUUUGAAGACACAACCCAACCUUUCCAGGCGGCAGGUCCGGUGGAUCGACUUCCUCGAGACACACUUCCACUACGACAUCGUGUACAAGCCCGGCCACAAGAACAAAGCAGACGCUCUCAGCCGGCCUGCACACCGGACUCUUCACCCACGGGUACGCCCAUCGACCCCGAAAUUCCCUUGGCAGAAAAGCGACAUCUGCUACAGUGGGACAAUGACAUCGCAUACCGGAAGGGAUCCACAAAAAUCUGGGUACCCAAUUACCCUCCUUUGCGCCAGUUACUACUCGAAGAAUACCACGACGUCCUGUACGCGGGCCACUUCGGUAGCAACAAGACGCUCACCGGUAUCGCCAAACACUACUACUGGCCCCAUAUGGCAGACGACGUCCAGAAAUUCGUCACCUCGUGUGAUACAUGUCAGCGGAUGAAGAGCAGCAAGCAGAAAAAGGCGGGACUACUGCAGCCUCUUCCUGUCCCAGAACAACUAUGGCAAGUGGUUAGCCUAGAUUUCAUCACCGGGUUACCACCUACCUCCAGCGGUCAUGACGCCAUCCUUGUCGUCAUUGACAAGUUCUCCAAAAUGGGACACUUCAUCCCGACACACACGACGGCACGCACCGAGGAGACAGCACAACUCUUCGUUCGUCACAUCAUCUCACAGCAUGGCAUCCCAACUACACUCAUCUCCGACCGAGACCCCAAGUUCACUAGCAAGUUCUGGAAGGAACUUAUGUCUCUUCUCGGGACCAAACUCGCCAUGUCAUCCGCAUACCAUCCGCAGACAGACGGACAGACCGAGCGCCUCAACCAAAUUGUUGAGCAACUCCUCCGAGCAGCCUGCAAGGACGACAUCUCCAAAUGGGACUUGCACCUGCCCGUACUCGAGUUUGCUUACAACAAUGCUACACAUGCUGCUACUGGACAGACGCCGUUCUUCCUCUGCUACGGACGCCACCCACUCACACCACAAAAACCGACAGCAUCAGCUACAGUCCAACCCGCACAUGAUUUCAUUACAACCAUGCACCAGCUUUGGGAUCGGACCCACAAGCGCCUACUCGAUAUUCAACAGCAACAGAAGCGCCAAGCCGAUCGCCAUCGCAACGAUCACACCAUCACGGUGGGAGACCAGGUGCUUCUUGACACCCGCAACUUGGACAUCAGCCACCUCCCAUCUAAACUUCGACCUCGCUUCUGCGGGCCUUUUCUCGUUGAAGCACAGGUCACUCCUGUUACCUUCCGCUUACGCCUGCCAGCUACCUGGAAGAUUCACAACGCCUUCCAUGUCCAACUUUUGAAGCCCUAUCGAGAUCCUAACACGAUCUUCGUGGGACGUCAGCCGCCGCCGCCGCCGCCCGUCCUCGUCCAGAACGAACCCGAGUACGAGGUCGAGUCCGUGCUUGCACAUCGUCGUCGUCGGAAUGGCACCGUGGAGCUUCUCAUCCGUUGGAAGGGUUAUGAUCCUUCUGAGGACAGCUGGGUACCUGAGUCCGACAUGGGUAACGCCCGUCGUCCUCUGCAUGACUACCUUGUCAAGCAGGGUGUUACUUCUACCACCCAGCUUUGAGGGGGGGAAGUGUGAGAGUACG